AUGGUUAAUUGCUGUUAUAAUCGUAGUGUGGAUCUGGAUGAGUUAAAAGCACCAUCUGGCGUUAGUGAAGACGAUCGAAUUAUCGGUACAACUUCAUCCAUAUCAAAUUAUGUUGAUCAACGAAAUAAAAUCGUUUAUGUUGAUACAAUUGGUUAUGGUGAUGUUCGAUUUCAUCAAGAUCGAGAAUCAUUUCUGCUAUUUUUCCGUGAAUUAAUCUGCUACUCAUCAAUUGGCUAUAACUGGUUGUUUUUAUUCAUCCGUUAUCAGCAAUUAAGCGCAGAUAUAUUUGUUUAUAUUCAAACACUGGAACAAUUGUUAGGUGAAAAAGCCUUUACACGUUGUAGUAUUGUAUUUACACAUUGUAAAAUCAAGGGUAUGACACGUGAGCGAUGUAUCGAGGCCAAUAAAGAACAUGAUGGUAUUGUGAGAAUAUUGAAAAAAUUUAACAACAUUAUUUUCGGAGAUAUGGAUACGGAUGCAGUUAGUGAAGAAGAUUCAGAUAGUGACGAUGAUCAACAAGCGAAAGAACGAUUACAUGACAAAAAACGAAAACAACGAACGAAAUUUAUGAACAAAAUGCUAACUCAAAUUGACCAUACAGAUGAAACAAUACUCUCGUUAGAAAAACACUGGUAUCAACAUUAUUGGACAAAAUUUACUUCGCUUAUGGGUUAUUAUUUUGAAAAAGUAGUUGGAAAACCAAAUGAGCUGAGCAAACUGUAUAAAUUAGCUGCUGGUUUAAAAAAAGAUAUACCAGUAACCAUUUAUUACGAAGAAUGUUCCAUAUGUCUUGAACUGAUCAUCGAAAUAGUAGACCACAGCCCAAAAGCUUGCAUUACAAAAUGUGGUCAUGUUUUUCAUUAUGACUGUUUAAGAAGGUCAUUUGACCAACAAAAGAAAUGCCCCAAUUGUCGAAAAGAUUUGAGAAGCCUACCGGAAAAAGUAUCUGGUUUGGUAAUAGGUUUAAAACAAGUACAAGAUCCACUGAAAUCAAAUGUUGACUGA